GAUAGUAAAAUACAGUUUUUCUAAAAUGGCGAAAUACCGAUAGCACAUUUAUCUACCUCACCUUCGACAAUGAAACGACAGUGUCUCAGUACAACGUCUCACAAAAUGAUGUCGUUUCAGUUCAAGACAAUUGUGGCAAUUGUGGUAUACGUUACCAUAACGACAUACAGCCUCAACCAUCAAGCACUGGCAGUAAAUGUGACCGCAGUUUGUGAACAGGCCGGAGUUCUCGGCUUCGUUUGCCAAACUUGCCUAGUGACGGCUAGAUGUCAACGUAACACCACCGCUGAAGGGGGCUGGACAAUAACGACCACUGGAACGUGUCCAGCCGGUAAAGUGUGCAAUGCGGGGAGAUGCGUCGGCGAUGCUGCUUGCACUCCGACUACGACACCAGAUUUCCUAUGCGCCACAACUGGAAUGUUUCCGGAUCCCUACGAUUGCAAAAUGUAUCACUUCUGCCCUCCGGGGGCGAACGUUUCGACACCUGCAACUUGCGGCACGGACGGUGUACCGCAAUACGGUUACAAUCCCGUCACAACAUUUUGCAGCAAUAAGUUAGCAAACAAUAAGUGCACUUCCGUGCCAAUUCCAAUCUGCAGGAAUCUUUUCGACACUGGAAUUGUCGGGGGCAACCCCUCGUUGUACUAUUUCUGUUCCAAUGCAAUAACAAAUGGUCAACUCACGGACGAGUUGUAUCCAUAUCAAUAUGCUUGCGAAUUUGGACGCAAAUACAAUACCGCUUCACUCGAUUGUAAAUAAACUGCUUCGCGCAAAUCAGCAUAAAUAUAACUGUUUGGCAUAC